UGCGGUCGUCUUAUAGUCAGACAUCUCUGGCAACGGCCGAUGGCUCACGCUCGCGCGCCGACCAGCUGUCGCGAUUGUGGUAGUGAUGGAAAAUUCGUGGUGGUAGCGGUCGGAGAAGCUCUAUAGUCGAACGCGGUUUAGUCGCGAUCCGUACACAAACGGCGGCGGUUCGUAACUUAUCGAAGUUCAUCUACGUCGUCUUCGGUGCUCACCUAAAGGCAGAUCUAAGGAUUGUUCGUCGCUGAUAAGAGAGAGAAUCGAUAUAUCAGAUAACCAUGGUAAAAGCGUACAACGGUGCGUUGGUCCUGGCGGAUGUCCUGCUGCUUAUUUUGAAGAUCCUAUAUUACAUCUGCGAGAGCGUGUAUAAAUUUUUUGUUCCAACAGAAGAAAAGAGCGUAACCGGUGAGAUCGUUUUAAUAACAGGCACGGGUCAUGGUAUCGGAAAGGAGUUGGCACUCCGUUACGCAUCUCUAGGCGCAACCGUAGUAUGUUGGGAUUUGAAUCAACAAGCAAAUGAGGAGACAUUAAACGAGAUAAAAAAGACGGGAACUACUGCAGUAUACGCGUAUCAUUGCGACGUAUCGAAGAGGGAACAGGUCCUUAGUGUAGCCGAGAGAGUAAAAAAAGAAGUCGGUGACGUUACUAUUUUGAUUAACAAUGCUGGUAUAAUGCCCUGCCACGCCUUCCUUGAUCACACGACCGAUGAAAUUAGACGGAUCUUUGACAUUAACGUGCUGGCCCACUUCUGGAUAUUGCAAGCGUUUCUACCAAGCAUGAUCGAGAAAAAUCAUGGCCACAUCGUUGCACUCUCGUCAUUGGCAGGACUUAGUGGCCUUCCGAAUUUAGUUCCUUAUUGCGCUUCGAAAUUCGCAGUUAGAGGGCUUAUGGAAUCGAUGAGCGAGGAAUUACGAUUAUCUACCAAAGGGAAAUCUUUAAUCAAAUUCACAACCAUUUAUCCGUACAUGGUGGACACCGGGCUUUGCAAAAAACCAAAAAUAAAGUUUCCGAAUGCCAUGCCGUUGGUUUCACCGGAGCAAACAGCUUCAGAAAUAAUCCGUGCGCAGAGAUGCGACUACCGAGAAAGAUCUGUGCCUUCACUAUGGCUGCCACUGGGCACAGUCUUAAGAAUUUUUCCCGACAAUGCUUUACGCAUCUUGAUAGACUUCUUCGAUAGCGGCGUCGAGGCGGUGAGCUAACAGAUGCAAGAAACGCUCAUACAACUAAAAAAAAAAAAAAAAAAUGUGAAUAAAAUUUUUUAUACAAU